AUGUGGAAGAAAAAGACGAACACACAUGAAGAAACAGAUGAAAAUAUGUCUAAAGGAAAAGAAAUGAAUGGAAGAAAAAACAAUGACGAGUUUUGUCAUGAUCACAUUGAACAAAGGAAUAUAAUAACAAAGGAAAACGAUCCACACAACCUUAACUAUGAUUAUAAUGAUAAAAAAGAGAAAAUAAAUAAAGAAAAUUACACGAGCAUAUCAGGAAAUAAUAAUUCUGUAAUGAAGAGAAAUACCUACAACAUACGCAAAUAUGAAAAAAAAGAAAAUAAACAAGACAUAGAAGACUCUAAAGAAGAGCAAUAUAUUAUUAAUAGCAUCAAUCCAAAUAAAAAGCAAAUUUUAAAAAAAUAUAAUAUUUUUAUAGAUAAACAAAAUGCCAUAAAUAGCAUUUUGAGCUCAACUUUUGCUGGUAUUAUGUCAAGAACAAUUACUGCACCAUUAGAUCGUGUAAAAUAUAUAAUGCAAGUAACGAAUAAUUUACCCAUUUAUGAAAUUUUCAAAAUCAUUAAAAAAGACGGAAUAGUAUGUGGCUUCUUCAGGGGAAAUUGUGUAAACAUUGUGAAGAUAAUUCCAGAGUUAUCUAUAAAAAUGUAUUCUUACGACUUCAUGAAAGUUAAUGUGUAUAAUUAUUACAAUAAUGGUAGCAAUAGUAACAGUAACAGUAAGAAUGACGAAGGUGAUGCAAAUAGUAAGAAUGGAAAAUACAUGAACGAUAAUGAAAAUAUAGACAUCCCAUUUUUCAUUCGUUUCAUCAUAGGAAGCUCAAGUGGAGUUAUAGCAGCAUUAUUUAUAUACCCCCUCGAAAUAGUCAAAACGAGGUUAAUUGUAUCAAAUAAAAAUGACCAUAGUGGAAUUAUGAAAUGUUUUUACAAUAUAUAUAAAAACGAAAGAUGGAGAAAUUUUUACAAUGGUCUUUCUAUGCACAUGUAUGGUGUUAUCUUAUUUUCAGGGUGUAAUAUGAGUAUAUAUGAUUAUUUAAAGUAUAUAUUUUUUUCAUUAUACAAAGAUUAUAUUCAUUCCACAUACUGCGUCAGAAAUGGAAAUAGUACGGAACAUGAAAAUGAUACACAGGGGUAUAAUAACACGAAGGAUGAAAAUUUUCAAAUCGCAUACAACAGCAGCAGGGAUAAUGAUAAUCACAACGAUAAUACACUUUUUAAGUAUAACCCACUAAAAAUAUUAUCAUAUUUUAGAGAAAAUUCUACAUAUAAUUGGAAUAACAUAAAUUAUGAAUAUAAAAAAGAAAAUAAUCUGAACAAACCAGAAUGCUCCUAUUGCAGUUAUCGCAUAAAAAAUGUUAAUUGCUUAUCUUUCCUUUUUUUUGGUAUAACAAGUUCGUUUAUUGCCCAAAUUGUUAGUUAUCCUUUUCUCGUAUUACGUACGCGCAUGCAAACACUUAAUAAUGAAAUAACUACAAAUUAUUUGAAUAACGAAAGGACGAAAAUUAAGUCUUGCAGCUUUAUUCUGUAUAACAUCAAGGUCUAUGGAUUUAAGUCCCUCUACCGAGGCAUUUAUGUUAAUUUAUUGAAGACUAUACCCGCAACGUCCAUCACGUGGUUUGCUUACGAGUAUGCCAUGAGGAAAUUACAAGCUAGCUAA